UCCUGGUAUGACUGUUUUGGUCAGCUGCGUAAAUAUUAGAAAGUAAACGUGAUCAGACGUUGUUGAGGGACACUGAAAGAGUGGGAUCGCUUCUGAGCAUUUCACUGUCAGCUGAUAGUUUGUAACUAAUCUAACUUAAAUUAAAACCUGCUUGUAUAGAGAACUAUGGAAGAAGACAUAAGCAAAUGUUUUAAAAAUACUUUGGAAGAGGCAAAUUCUGAAGAUGACGUGGAGAAUAACUGGAUGUUUGUCCUCUCUGAAGAUGUAUCGUGUGCAAAGAGUGAUGGAACAGAUACAUCUGACAACCACAGUGAGCAGGGAAGUGAUUCUGGCAGCUCAAUAGUAGUCAUUGAUUCCCCAAUUCUUCCUGUCUCUGACAUGCAUCCAGUUUCAGCUGACAUUGCACAACAGGAGUUGCCAAAGUACGAAGAGAGACAGACAGAAGGCUUUGAUGUACCAGAUAACAUCUCCUGUUCUUCUCAUCAAUCAAAUAACAAUGAGUUCUUAAAGGAAUGCAGCCCAUAUGAGGAAAUGGAGCAGCCAGAUACUUGGGAUUGUGAUCAUGAAGCUCCCGUACAGAAAGAAGGGUUCUCAAUGUCAAUUCCUAAUAAUCAGUUACAUGAUGAUGCAACACCAACCAAUGAAAUCCUAAUGAAAAAGGAAAAUGGAAAUAGCACUAACCCUGAAUCUGUUCAACAUGGAGAAGCUUUGUUGAAUGAGACUGAGUCAGCUGAAGAUUCCCAAGUAAUAGAUGGAUUCACUGGUUUAUCUGAACAGCAGGAUGAUUCUUUAAACAAAGUUAACCAUGACUUGGUAAAUGGUGACAACGUCGACACCUGUCGAGAAGAAGAAGCUGCUUCCCGCGAUAAAGUUUUCUCGGAGCUUCAGAAAGAAAGCGACGAAAUCAAUCGCGUAGAAAAAGAGCCAACGUUAGUGAUUUCAGGUAUGAAAGACAAUGUCACGGAAAAUAACGCGAACUUCCAAAUAAUACAGAACGAAACACCCCUGUUCGAACAAGCAACUGAUCAAAUCCCUUGCAUGACAACGGAGCCGCCAAGUCUUUCUAGUGUUGACGAAAAUACCAUUAGCGGCGUUGAAUCAGAAGAAAAAGCCGAAGCAGCUGUGUUGGUUUAUGUCGCUAAUGACGAAAAAUCGUCAUUACAAGAGGAUACAGCAUUCUCUACUCAACCGGAUGACCAAUCAAUUUAUUCUGUAGAUGAUGACUCAGAAGACGAAACUUGGGAUUUAAGCUUGGAAGUUCUUAUGAAUGCGAAUUCUCUGGCUUCGUCACUUUCGAGUCUUGUACAACAACCUUCCUCGCCGUCACCCCUGGGCAAUGAAGCAGAUGGGUAUCAACGUAGCCAUCCGAUGCUUAAACCUGAUCUUUUGGAAGAAGCCAAUCGAAUUGAAGAAUUAGACCUAAUGGACUAUUCGGCUGUUACUAACCCUGAUCUUCCUGCUGAGAUAGCCGUAGCCAACAUUGUUCCAGAUCGGCACUACGUACAUCAUCCCAAUCAACGUUUGAACGAAAAGCUUAGUUUUGUUAUGGCGUUUGCUCUGGCCGCAGUUGUUGGAUUCGCUAUAGGGCACAUAAUAGGAUUGUCGGACAACUUUCCGUCUCGUUGUAAUUACUCAGACGAGUCCACCAAACCCGUAGGCUCCCAUUCUUAUGAAGGAUGGACUGAAAGCGAUCUAUUAGAUGAAAUUAAACGUCUAACGUCACAUAACGAAGAAUUAACCAGGACUCUUAGAGAGCUAUCCGGACAAGAUUCAACUGGUUGUCGCUUUGAUCUUCAAUUAAAUGAGCUCAUGUCAGAAAAUUGGGACCUGAAGCAGUCCAUAGGGAGAAUUCGCUAUGGUAAACCCACUCGAUCGGUCGAAGACCGCGAUACAAUCAACCACCUGCAAACGGAAAAUCAAGACCUCCGCGCUACAGUAGGUAAGCUGCGUUAUCGCUGUGGGCAGCCGCUUUCUAGUCCACAACAACAGGGCCAACAAAUCUUAGCGCCACCGAUGGCUUUUGUUUCACGACCAUCUGCCAUCGAACCGUUAUGGAAGGCACUCGAGGCGAUGAAUCUGACAGGCACCUGGAAUCAUCUGGUCAACUAUCGUAAUAAUCGUUCCAUAGAAGACCAACUGAAAAGGGUUAAAGAUUCAUCUACAGAUUUGAUCCGUUUGAUGGGUUUACGCCGUGAAGAAUUGAUUAAUCUAACUAGACAGACCCGGAACCCUGUUACCGAAAAAAUGGAAGCAAGGUUCAAAAAAAUUACCCAAAAAACGGUAGACUUAAUGGAACGCGUUAACAAACAUCACAAGUCAUUUGCUUUGUUGCUGGAAGAAGUCGACAACCGUUUGGAAAAAAUGCGAUUCAAGUUGGAGUCUCAGUGGGAAAAUCUGUUACGGUCCUACACCGACUCUGGAAAUAGAUUCGAAACUUUGGAAAACACAAAGCCAUUGAAUUCAGAUUGGUUUUGGUCCAUGGGGCAUCAUCGGGACAAAUUACGACGUAGUGAGAAACAGAGCGAAUGGAUGUUCGACCGAGCUAGAAACCGCGAGCUAGAACGUCGAGCCCGCAAAUUCCAGGCAAAACAAAGAAAGCAGAAGCCAUUCCAGGGAAAUUCCUGGAAUCAAUAUUCUUCGUGAGGUAGUUAUGUUUCGCUUAUUCGUUAUUGAUAUGUAUCAAAUGUAAAUGUGAGCCUUUCGAAUUAGGACAAUUUUUUUUACGGUGUGACGUUAAAAGUUAAAUUUUUUUUUUUCUUUGCUUAAGCAAUAAGCCAUCUUUUGCUUCUUUCUUCUGUUUUGUCUGUCUGUUGGUUUGGUUUUCUUUUCAACAGUGGUGUUCUGUGAGUCAUUAAUGACUGCAAUGGAAAGCUUUCUUCGGGGAUACUUUUUCGCUACGACUCGGGAUGUAUCUGAGUUUCGAGCAAGUUUUGGGAUUGGUACGAUUGGUGGCUAAAUCGGAUCCUUUCUCUUUGCCUGAACCUUUGAUAAAACGGUUUGGCCCCACUUGAUUUUUUUUAUCGCAUUAGAAGUUCGAAUUGUGUAGUUGAUAUCAAACAUAGGGGAUAUAAUAAAGUCUUCGUGCAAAAUCUA